CAAUCUCCACAAUUUGUGUGGGUAUGUGGAGGAGAAGCGGAUUGUCGCAAGAAGGCGCCGGUCGCGGGAAGGCGCAAUUGUUCUACGGUCGGCGACCAGCUUCCAAUAUUUGAAGCCAUCCAGCCUCCACCAACCUCACCAUCGAAUUGCCCAUUAUCGGCGCUGUCAGUUGAAAUCCUAUCCGCCGUCGCUCAGAGCCAACACAAUCAUGUUCAAGCCCUCAUUUUCUUCUCGGGGGUUGACCGCGACGAGCUUCCGGCGGCAGCUGUCUUCGCACGCCGGUUCCGGCUUGAAGAUCAAUUCCGAUCGCCUGCUGGAAACUCUCCAUCACACCUGCCAAUGGGGCGCAGCUCAUCGAUAUGGCGACGGCCCCACGGAAACCGGCAUGAACCGACUAUGCCUGACAGAUGACGACGCCCGAGUCCGCCGGUGGCUGCUGGACGAAGCCGAGAAGCUGGGCUGCACCAUCACCAUCGACCAGAUGGGCAACAUGUUCGCACGACAACGUGGGUCUCUCAACUCCUCGGCGCCCAUGACAGCAAUGGGCAGUCACCUCGACACGCAACCGCGCGGGGGUCGGUACGACGGCAUUCUGGGCGUCAUCGCCGCGUUAGAGGUGCUGCGCACGAUGAAAGACCACGGCUACCAGACCCAAUUCGACGUCGGACUGGUGAACUGGACCAACGAGGAGGGGGCCCGAUUCCCGAAAUCCAUGUGCUCCUCCGGCGUCUGGGCCGGCGAGAUCCCCAUCCAAAACGCCUGGAAACUGGCGGAUAUCUUCGACCCCGCCGUGACACUACGCUCCGAGCUGGAGCGCCACGGUUUCCUGGGCGACACCCCCUGUUCGCCAAGGGGCUACCCACUCGGGGCGCACUUCGAGCUGCACAUCGAACAGGGCCCCAUUCUGGAGGAAGCCAACCGGAAGAUCGGCGCCGUGACCGGAGCGCAGGGAUAUCGGUGGCUGACGAUCAAGGUGGCCGGCCGCGACGCACACACGGGCACGACGCCGCUCAGCGCGCGGCGCGACCCGGUCCUCGCGGCGGCGAAGAUGAUCGCGGCGUCGAACACCGUGGCCCGGCGACACGGGGCACUCGCGUCGACAGGGGUGCUGAAGCUGCCGCCGACCUCGUCCACGAACACCGUCGCCGCGGAGGUGACCUUCACGCUGGACAUCCGGCACCCGCGCGACCGCGUCGUGCACGCCGUGCAGGACGAAUGUCUGGCCGCCUUCAACGAGAUCGCGCGCGAGGACGGCAAGGGCGUCGCCUUCGAGUGGACACUGGAUACCGAUUCGCCCGCCGUGCAGUUCGAUGCCAACUGCCUGACGGCCGUCAAGGAGGCGGCGACGCAGCUCGUCGGCGCCGACGGCUGGCUGGAGAUCACCAGCGGCGCGGGCCAUGACAGCGUCUACACGAGCCGACACUGCCCCACGGCCAUGAUCUUCGUGCCCUGUAAGGAGGGCGUCAGCCAUCAUCCGGAGGAGUACUGCAAACCUGAGGACUGUGCCCUGGGAACGCAAACGCUGCUGGAGUCAGUCGUGAACUACGAUCGCAUGAGGAGCAAGCUCGACUAGACCGCCAACUUGGGAGAUAAAUAGAACUGGUCAACUCGCCCUGAUCCCCACCCAAUGUGGGUGGUCAAGCUACGGCGCACCUUCGCAGGCUUGAGAAUCAAUCGACCAGCCCGUCGGACUUUGGUACGCAACUCGGAGGCCAUGCAAUAUCUGCCACCCAGUCAUCGUAUCAGGAUACUGGGCAGGCAGAAUCAAGAAGAGUAAGAGACGGUCAAAGGGGCACGGCCAACUGAUAAGCAAUGGUGUCACAUACAUAAGCAACUAGCCACUCGGCCCUACGGAGCACAUAUUACAACCGAUGGUGAAAUUACUGACUCUGCCCCCGGUUCCAAGUCUCCGAUAACGUGUUCAA